ACAUUUGUUUGUCAACUUGAAAACUCAUAAUAUUUCUCUUUUCUCCUCAUUAGCUCUCUUUUGUCCCACUAUACUAGAAAAAAAGAAGAAGUUAAGAGUUCAUUGCCUAUUUCUACAACUUAUCUUGAUGAAUCAAUAUUGUAAUAGUCCUUGUUCACCUCUAAUGGUUCAUGCACUUGAACAAGAAGAGGACUUGUUCCUUGGUAGAUGCAUACUAGUAAAUGGUCCUGUCAUCGUUGGUGCUGGUCCAUCAGGACUAGCAGUUGGCGCGGGCCUAAAACAACAAGGGGUUCCCUUUGUUAUUUUGGACCGCGCCAACUGCAUUGCGUCCUUAUGGCAAAACAGGACUUAUGAUCGCCUUAAACUUCACCUCCCGCGACAAUUCUGUGAAUUGCCUUACUUCCCAUUUCCAAAAAACUUCCCUGAAUACCCUACAAAGUACCAAUUCAUCAACUACCUUGAAUCAUAUGCCAAGAAUUUCGAGAUCAAGCCAAGGUUCAAUGAGUCAGUCCACUCUGCCAAGUAUGAUGAAACAUGCGGUUUGUGGAGGGUGAAAACAGUUUGUAGAGAUGGUUCAAUCACUGAAUAUAUAUGCAGGUGGCUUGUUGUAGCUACCGGAGAGAAUGCAGAAAAAGUUGUACCCGAAUUCGAAGGAUUAGAAGAUUUUGGUGGACAUGUUAUGCAUGCUUGUGACUACAAAACAGGGGAAACUUAUCAAGGGAAGAAUGUGUUAGUUGUUGGUUGUGGCAAUUCAGGCAUGGAAGUUUCUCUUGAUCUUUGUCAUCAUAAUGCAAGUCCAUCCAUGGUUGUUCGAAGCUCGGUUCAUGUUUUACCAAGGGAAAUUCUUGGAAAAUCGACGUUUGAGUUAGGAGUAUCAAUGAUGAAAUGGCUACCCAUUGAUGUAGUUGACAAGAUAUUGCUAGUUGCAGCAAGGUUACUUCUUGGAAACAUAGAAAAGUAUGGUUUAAAAAGGCCAUCUAUUGGACCUUUACAACUCAAAAACACAGAAGGGAAAACUCCUGUUUUAGACAUAGGUGCAUUACAAAAGAUUAAAUCUGGAGAAAUAAAGAUAGUUCCAGCAAUCAAGAAAUUUUCUCAAGGGAAAGUGGAGUUUGUGAAUGGUCAAAUUCUUGAUAUUGAUUGUGUCAUUUUGGCUACUGGAUAUUGCAGCAAUGUUCCUUCCUGGUUAAAGGAAAGUGAAUUUUUUUCAAGGGAGGGAUUUCCAAAAAAUCCAUUUCCAAAUGGAUGGAAAGGAAAAGGUGGUAUAUAUGCAGUUGGAUUUACAAGAAGAGGACUUUCUGGUGCUUCUUUAGAUGCAAUUAAAGUAUCACAAGAUAUUGGCAAAAUUUGGAAAGAAGAAAUUAAACAGAAAAAUCAAUCUGUUACUGUUGCAUGUCAUAGAAGAAGCAAGUCACAUUUCUAAUACCAUAAUCUUUUUUUUUUUAGUAUUUUUUUUUUUUUUUUUUUAUUUUUUUCUUUUCUUUUUAUAAUUUUUUUCUUGUCAAGUGGUACCAACAACAACAACAACAACAAAAAGAGUAAAGACGACGUUGUGACAAGUUAUGUUGCUCAGACUCUUCAAAACUAUCGAAGGGUGUGUGCUGAAUCCGACACGAAUGAGGCAAUAUUUUUGGACGGUCCGAGCAACUUAGGUGACAAGAGAAGGAAGAGACACAACAAAAAGCAGCCCUGUCCAGAGAAAUACCCAAAUUUCAUCUUUGGGCAUUUUUAUAGGAAGAAGAGGCUUUUUUUAGCAUCUACUUCUAAGAAGAACUUUGUACAAAAGGUUGAUUAUUAGUAUGUACUAAUAGAAAAAAUGUGACUAUAUAUAUAUAUAUAUCUCCUUUUCUUGUAAGUAUAUUAUCAGUUUAUGCAACUGUUUGCUGAUCCAAGAAUAUUAAUAUACAUAUUAUACACUGUUUCUCAAAUAUCUACAUAUUAUACAUUUUUCACUUCUUGAAACGUGUUGAUUUCCUAAUCAAAAGAUAGGAGAGCGUCCUUUCUCCCAAAGUUAAGGAGUCAUUUUGCCCAAAUAUAUCUUCAAAUUCAUUUGAAUGAGGAGAAAAAAAAAGAGAGAUAGAAUUCAAUUCUUUCAGAUACUUUAACUAAGAAACUCUACCUAUGUAAAACAUAGAUGGGUAUGUCUCACCGAACCGAGCGAAACUAUUAUUUUUUUUGAAUGGACAAUUAUUUUUUCCCCGGACACCGCAUAUAGCGGUAGCUUUAGUGCACCGAACUGUUUUUUUUUUUUUAUUUUUUUUUUUAUGUAAGUAUGUUGCUUCUGUUCAUU